CUUAGUACUCUCCAAACUGAACAGCAGGGCACAAAACGCCAAGAGCCGUCUUCUGCUACGAGUUUAACUGAUAUAGGAACCCGAAGGAUCUUCUCUUCGGACCACGAUAUCUUCAGGGAGAGCGUGAGGAAAUUCUUCCAGGAAGAAGUGUUGCCUUUUCAUGCAGAAUGGGAGAAGGAAGGCCAGGUGAGCAGGGAGCUCUGGGAGAAAGCUGGACAGCAGGGUCUGCUGGGCGUUGCUGUAUCGGAAAAACAUGGAGGCAUCGGAGGGGAUAUUCUCUCUUCAGCCGUGGUCUGGGAGGAGCAGAUGUAUGUUAACUGUACUGGCCCAGGAUUCAGCCUUCAUUCAGAUAUAGUCAUGCCCUACAUUGCAAACUAUGGCUCUGAAGAACAGAUUAAACGCUUUAUCCCCCAAAUGGUUGCAGGCAAGUGUAUUGGAGCUAUCGCCAUGACUGAACCUGGGGCUGGCAGUGACUUGCAGGGAGUACGAACAUACGCCAAAAAAGAUGGAAGCGAUUGGGUCCUUAACGGGAGUAAGGUAUUCAUCACGAAUGGUUGGAUGAGUGACGUAGUGAUUGUGGUUGCAGUUACAAACCGUGAGGCUCGAUCCCCUGCUCAUGGGAUCAGCCUUUUUCUGGUGGAAAAUGGAACAAAAGGUUUCGUCAAAGGACGCAAGCUGCAAAAAAUCGGCCUGAAAGCCCAAGAUACGGCAGAGCUGUUUUUCGAAGAUGUGCGGUUGCCAGCCAGUGCUUUGCUUGGAAAAGAGAACAAAGGCUUCUAUUACCUGAUGGCAGAACUCCCUCAGGAAAGACUGUUGAUUGCUGAUAUGGCUCUUGCCAGCUGUGAAUUCAUGUUUGAAGAAACAAGGAAUUAUGUGAAGCAAAGAAAAGCUUUUGGGAAAACAAUUGCACACUUGCAGACGGUACAGCACAAGUUGGCAGAAAUGAAAACACAGAUUUGCGUGGGCCGAGCUUUUCUGGACAGCUGUUUGCAGCUGCAUGCAGAUAAACGUCUGGACUCCUCCACAGCUUCUAUGGCAAAGUAUUGGGCUUCUGAUCUCCAAAACAGUGUGGCUACUCAGUGUGUGCAACUGCAUGGAGGAUGGGGGUACAUGUGGGAGUAUCCAAUUGCAAAAGCUUUUGUGGAUGCCCGUGUUCAACCAAUCUAUGGUGGUACCAAUGAAAUAAUGAAAGAGCUUAUUGCUAGAGACAUUGUCAGUGACAAGUAGGGCAGAUGGUUACCUCUUUGGAGAGUACUCCUGAAUCCUUUCCCAUUAAUAUAUGGGAUAAAAUCAAACACCAGAAAGUAAGUAAAAGAAAGAUGCCUUGUAUUUUGCUCUUUGAAGGAAGAGAUGAUUAAAAAUAGCUGUUAUGAAAGUGGUAGUCGCAACAGAGUGGUUAUAUACAGCACUUCUGAUAUUUAAUGGACUGCUCUGCAUUUGGUGGACAAUACUGAGACUAAUCUCUGAAUUCCAAAAACCUCAUAUAAAUGUACUGGUAGUGAAAGGCAAUUUUGUGUUUGGAAUACUAUUGAUAGAUCAGUCUUUCAAACUUGAUUUCAUUAUAGUGAAUCCAGCCCUCCCUUCUCAGAAUUAAGCACAAUCAUAUCAUUGGAGAAACCACUUUCUUAACAAACAAACAAAAAAAGAAGUAAAUUAUGAAAGAAAUUAAAAAGUAAAUACAGCUUGGGCUUUGCACAGCCACUUGACAGAUAUCACUGUGGCAAAGUGGAACGUGGAACUUGUGCUGCUGUUCGGUUUGUCACUGUGUAAGAAUACUCUUAAUGGAACUCGUUAAAGAGGAGCAGCCUUUGUGUGCACGGACUGACUGGGCAGCCAUCACCCCCUUACGGGGGAACGGGAGGUAUGAUUAUCCGUCAUGUUUACACAUCACCAAGAACGCCUUAUUUUAAUUACUGUUUUGGGGUAAAUAUAAUAAAGCAUCUCUGUGCAAGCCA